GUGAGUUGCAACAGACGGGUUCUGCCUUUUUUUCAUGGUAAAGUAAACAUAAUAUAUGACGCCAUCAGUCAUUGGCGGAAAUGGCCGGCUGAGAAAGUUGCCAAACGUCAUCAAGACGAGCGCCAACGAUUUUUGAUACAUGAACAAAGAUACUUUCAGCUUGUGUGAAAAGAUUGUCUCACCCUCCUACAUCCGUCAAGGUUGUCAGGCCCGACGUGGUCAUGAGCAACUCAUAAGACAGUUUUUGGAGCAGAGGAAAUGUCCUGAAGAUGGUUGGGAGGAGAGCACCAUUGAGCUCUUUCUCAGUGAACUGGCAAUGAUGGACAGCAACAAUUUCCUUGGCAACUGUGGUGUUGGGGAAAGAGAAGGUCGUGUCACAUCCAGUCUGGUGGCCAGACGACAUUACAGGUUCAUCCAUGGCAUUGGCCGAUCAGGGGACAUCGCUGCAGUUCAGCCCAAAGCUGCUGGGUCGAGUUUGCUAAACAAAUUGACCAACUCAUUGGUGCUGGAUGUCAUAAAAAUAUCAGGUGCCCGCAGUGUGGCAAGUUGUUUUGUGGUACCUAUGGCUACAGGGAUGAGUCUGACGCUUUGCUUUUUGACUCUUCGCCUUCUGAGACCUAAUGCUCGUUACAUCAUCUGGCCUCGCAUUGACCAGAAGUCCUGCUUCAAAGCGAUGAUCACUGCAGGUUUUGAGCCAGUAGUUGUGGAAAAUGUUCUGGUUGGUGAUGAACUCCGAACAGAUCUAGAUGAGGUGGAAAAGAAAAUCUUGAUUCUGGGGCCACAAAACAUCUUAUGUGUCCACUCUACAACAUCCUGCUUCGCCCCGCGGACCCCAGACAGGAUUGAGGAACUAGCUGAACUGUGUGCUAAAUAUGACCUCCCUCACAUUGUGAACAACGCUUAUGGACUCCAGUCAUCUAAGUGCAUGCAUCUCAUCCAGCAUGACCACAGAAGACGGAGAAUUUCCCAUAAUAAACAUUUUUGUCCAACUAAUUUUUGGCAUUUAGACACGAGUUUUUCUAAUUCUUUCCAUGUUUUUCCAAAGGGCCAUCAAGUGGGAAGAGUUGAUGCUUUUGUACAAAGCUUGGACAAAAACUUUUUGGUUCCAGUAGGUGGCGCCAUAAUAGCAGGCUUUGAUGAGUCCUUCAUUCAACGGAUAAGUGAAAUGUAUCCUGGUCGAGCCUCUGCAUCUCCGUCCCUUGAUGUCCUCAUUACCCUCCUCACACUUGGGGCCAGUGGUUACAAGAAGCUGAUGGCAGAAAGAAAGGAGAUGUACUCUGUCCUGUUUGAUGAGCUCAAGAUACUGGCCUCCGCACAUGGUGAAAGACUGCUCCACACCCCACACAAUCCCAUCUCUCUGGCCAUGUCUUUGGAAAGUUUGCAUGAGGGCUGCAACUCUGCUGUGGGUGAGCUCGGCUCCAUGCUAUUCACGCGCCAAGUUUCGGGAGCAAGAGCUGUACCACUGGGGAAGAAGCAAACCAUCAACGGACACACGUUUCAUGGCUUCAUGAGUCAUUAUGAUUCUUAUCCAUGUCCAUACCUCAAUGCUGCCUCAGCCAUGGGCAUUUCUCGCCAAGAUGUGACACUUUUUAUCAAAAGGCUCGACAAGUGUCUGAAAAUUCUGAAAAAACGAGUGGAAAUGGAUGGAAAUACUUCCCAGCCGUCUGUUCCUUCCCAGGAUGAGGAAGCAGCACAAGGCAUGUAAUGCUUGAUGGUCUUCACGAAUUUCUCCAACUUCAAAUCAAGGUGGCUAUUCAAGAGAGCAAAGCAGUUUGCCAUCACAUCACUGGAGACCUCGAACUGCUGUAUUGCCACCCAUGUUUUGGUAACAUUUUAAAAUUUGGACAAUGGAAUCAUGUGACUGCAAUGGAAAAAAAAAAAAAGAAAACUUGAUGAUCAAAUACAA